AUGGCGCCCACAGAAGUGGAUCAGUUUCCUUUCGAACGCAUGUUUGACCUGCAAACCAUCCCGGUUUGUCCCGAUUCCGGCGACAUAGAUGCUGCAGACGACAUAAACGCCGCGGCCAGCGACGAUUGCACUUGUAAACCCGGCGGAAAGAGCGGCGAGAAGCGCGGUGAGGCGAACGCGGCGCGGAAGCUGCUGCUCGCGGCGCUUAUGCAAGCUCUCGCGGACUCAGCGGCGGACGACACCGCUACCGCCGCCGCGGACGAGCCGCCUUCGUCGCCGGAAUCCCUGGACGACAAAGAGUUCCUCUCAUCCGUGGCGCUGGCAGCAGGGUCGCGGAAGCGCAAGGCGGCGGAGAUCAGGGAGGUCCCCUCCGCGGAUGCGCCUGUCGUGGGCGGAAGCGAGGAAGAGUCUGAGGUGACGCGUCAGCUGCGCCGUGCGAUUGCUGCUGUCAUCCUCCGCGGCAGCGGGGCCGGCGGACCGUGCCCUGCACCAGCUUCUCCCGACGCUCCCUCGCCUCCUGCGGCUGCGUCGCUGCCAAUGGUUACCACUCAUGCCCCCAACCCCGUCGGCAGAUCGAUCGCCCAUGGCCCGCUGCCAAUGCCUUUUCGCCUGCCCAUAGCCAAUGGUGCGGCUCCUGCUGCACCUUCCGAUGCGCCCGCGUUACUAGCAGCCAUGGCCGCGCCAGAAGCACUAGCCUGCAUGAAUUACUAUGACAAUUCACAUGAUGACAUGAUGGCGGGUUACAGCGGAAUUCCCGACUGCGGCAGAGGCACCAAUGGGGCGGCGGAUCAUGAUGCGGAUGAUUGGUUGCCGCGCAAUCGCGGGCACAAGGACAGGCAAAUGGAAGGUGGGCGCAUCAAGGCGCGGAGCAUGGCGGAGAGGCAGAAGUGGGAGAGGAUCUGUGAGGGGCUGCAGAAGCUGCGGUUGGUGGUGCGCGGGCAUGGGGACACGGCCUCCAUGCUCGACAAGGCUGUCACGCGAGUCAUUUCUCCCUCUCUAUUGGCCGAGACAGUUCGCUCGAUGGAGUUCGUGUCGCCGGAGCAGCUGCGGCUCGACGGCCGACGACCAAAAGAGCUACGGCAGCUCAAGUGCGAGCUGGGCGUGCUGCGCUCUGCUGAUGGCUCAGCGUCAUUCGAGAUGGGCAACACCAAGGUGCUCGCGGUCGUGUACGGGCCUCGUGAGGUAACCAACCGGGCGGAUGCCCUCCCUGACAGGGCAGUGGUGCGCUGUGAGUACGGCAUGGCUUCGUUCAGCACAGGGGAGCGACGACGACGGGGGAAGAUGGACCGGAGGUCAGUGGAAAUCUCGCUAGUCAUUCGCCAAACACUAGAAGCAGCCAUCAUGCUCGAGCUCCUACCGCGCACACAGAUAGACAUUUUUGUUCAAGUCUUGCAAGCUGAUGGCGGCACUCGCUCCGCGUGCAUCAAUGCAGCGACACUCGCGCUGUGCCAUGCGGGUAUCCCAAUGCGAGACCUGGUUACCAGCUGCGCCUCUGGUUACCUCAAUGCCACGCCGCUGCUAGACCUGAACUAUGUGGAGGACAGUGGGGGCGGCCCAGACGUCACAGUGGGCUACUUGCCGUCAUUCGAUAAGAUCUCACUGCUGCAGAUGGACGCCAAGCUCCCAAUGGACACAUUUGAGGAGGUGGUGAAGCUGGCAGUCACGGGAUGCAAGGCCAUCGCGCACCGCAUGAGACAGGUGAGGUUUCGAGGCAAAGAGGAUGUUGUUGGGAGAGUGGAGAGGACGAGGGAGUAA